GGGCGGGGAGGGGCGGGGCGGGAGGAGCCGCGCUCCUAAGCGGGAGGGAGAUCCGCCGCGGAGUUACGGGAAAGUUGGUCCGAGUUCCCAGAGUUUCCCUCUGUGGUGCCCUAGGCUCGGCCGGCCGGUGCCCCGGCUCCUUUCCUCCUUUCGGCCUUCGCCGUCCACCAGGUCCCUCUCUCUGCCCCCGGCCGCCAUGGAGCAGCCGCCGGCGCCUAAGAGUAAACUAAAAAAGCUGAGUGAAGACAGUUUGACUAAGCAGCCUGAAGAAGUUUUUGAUGUAUUAGAGAAGCUUGGAGAAGGGUCUUAUGGAAGUGUAUUUAAAGCAAUACACAAGGAAUCCGGUCAAGUUGUCGCAAUUAAACAAGUACCUGUUGAAUCAGAUCUUCAGGAAAUAAUCAAAGAAAUUUCCAUAAUGCAGCAAUGUGACAGCCCAUAUGUUGUAAAGUACUAUGGCAGUUAUUUUAAGAAUACAGACCUCUGGAUUGUUAUGGAGUACUGUGGCGCUGGCUCUGUCUCAGACAUAAUUAGAUUACGAAACAAGACAUUAACAGAAGAUGAAAUUGCAACCAUUCUUAAAUCUACAUUGAAAGGACUAGAAUAUUUGCACUUUAUGAGAAAAAUACACAGAGAUAUAAAAGCUGGAAAUAUUCUCCUCAAUACAGAAGGACAUGCAAAAUUGGCAGAUUUUGGAGUGGCUGGUCAGUUAACAGAUACAAUGGCAAAACGCAAUACUGUAAUAGGAACUCCAUUUUGGAUGGCUCCUGAGGUGAUUCAAGAAAUAGGCUAUAACUGUGUGGCCGACAUCUGGUCCCUUGGCAUUACUUCUAUAGAAAUGGCUGAAGGAAAACCUCCUUAUGCUGAUAUACAUCCAAUGAGGGCUAUUUUUAUGAUUCCCACAAAUCCACCACCAACAUUCAGAAAGCCAGAACUUUGGUCCGAUGAUUUCACCGAUUUUGUUAAAAAGUGUUUGGUGAAGAAUCCUGAGCAGAGAGCUACUGCAACACAACUUUUACAGCAUCCUUUUAUCAAGAAUGCAAAACCUGUAUCAAUAUUAAGAGACCUGAUCACAGAAGCUAUGGAGAUCAAAGCUAAAAGACAUGAGGAACAGCAACGAGAAUUGGAAGAGGAAGAAGAAAAUUCGGAUGAAGAUGAGCUGGAUUCCCACACCAUGGUGAAGACUAGUGUGGAGAGUGUGGGCACCAUGCGGGCCACAAGCACGAUGAGUGAAGGGGCCCAGACCAUGAUUGAACAUAAUAGCACGAUGUUGGAAUCCGACUUGGGGACCAUGGUGAUAAACAGUGAGGAUGAGGAAGAAGAAGAUGGAACUAUGAAAAGAAAUGCAACCUCACCACAAGUACAAAGACCAUCUUUCAUGGACUACUUUGAUAAGCAAGACUUCAAGAAUAAGAGUCACGAAAACUGUAAUCAGAACAUGCAUGAACCCUUCCCUAUGUCCAAAAACGUUUUUCCUGAUAACUGGAAAGUUCCUCAAGAUGGAGACUUUGACUUUUUGAAAAAUCUAAGUUUAGAAGAACUACAGAUGCGGUUAAAAGCACUGGACCCUAUGAUGGAACGGGAGAUAGAAGAACUUCGUCAGAGAUACACUGCGAAAAGACAGCCCAUUCUGGAUGCGAUGGAUGCAAAGAAAAGAAGGCAGCAAAACUUUUGAGUCUAAUUUCCUCUCUGUUUUUAACUAUUCUGGAGACCAAGAAACCACUAGGAAUUGAAGGAAUAUUUGGAUAUUUUUAAUCCUAAGAUUUUGCCCUACAAUUAGGCAGAGGUCAAAAAGUGACAAUGGUACAUGCCCAGGUAAAUUCCCAAAAGGCAGAAUUGACAGUUGUAUCUGCUGUGCAUUCACUCUAAGAUGAGGAGAACAAAAGAAAUGUAUUCUCUUGUUCUGUCAGCUGCAUACCAGCAAUAAAACUGUGUUAUGAAAUGGAUUUUCAAGGUUUAGAGACCUUGAAAAUCCAAAGCUAUUGUUUCAUUGUACAGCACUGAAGGGCUUUAUGUUACAAUAUUCUUUAUUCCUAUCUCGUAUACUAGGCUAUUUAUUGUAUCCCCUUAGGUAAACUUAUUUAUUUAUGCUAUUUUGCUUUGUUUCAUUUUUUAAGGACAAGAUCAGGAUAGCUUUGGUGAAGGUAGGGUCAUAUUAAUAUGAUGAUAAUGUGCAACCAAUUUAUACUUUCUGCAGGGAGCUAUGGGGUACAUUCCUUGAUUUCCAGGAUAGUUUUUCAAAUAGGAAAGCAAUAAUGGCAGUAGUUCUCAAAUGGGCUAGGCCUUUUUUAUAUUGAAGCAAUAAUUCCAUUUUUACCCUUUGAAAUUUUGUUUUUUUUAUUUUUGAUGUUUGGUACAAAUAGAACUAUAUAUAUUUAGGUAAAAUAGAUCUAUCGUGUUUAAAACCAAAGAAAUCAAUGGAACCCUUGCACAAAAAAGUGUGAUAAAUAUUUUUAAAUAAAAACUUAAUACAAAUGUAAUUUGUUAAUAUUGUUUCAUGUUUUAUGUGUAGAUCUAAUAGCUGAAUUGAUUCAAACUGUAAUAAGCUCAUCAAUUUCAUUUCUAUGAAAAUGUGCUCUGUUGUCACAGGAUGUUUCUGUUGAUUUUAUUCAUUUCCUGGGAAUUGGUAAACAUCAUGUGCCUGAUGAUAACCCAGUAGCAAAAACAUUUGUACUGAGUGGUACAAGCCUUGGGGACUGAAAAAAAAAAAGAUUAAAACCAUUAAAAAGAAACUCAUUUUUACGCUGAAUGAACAUUUAUAUGAUUGCAUUGGGACCAGUCAUUUCCUAAGCUACAUAUGGCCAUCUUGACAGUGUUUUUUCUUUUGUGUGUUUAAUUAUUAUGUGUAAAUCAUAAAGACAAAUAAAUUUCACUGUGCCACCCAGCA